AUGACUGGACAUGUACAAGCACGCAAUGACUGCUACUUGCAAGAAUUUAGGCGCCCAGCAGUACCACCCGCACCCACCGCCCACCACAACACAGCUCCGCUUACACCGCGGAGAGAGCGGCGCCUUACUGCUCACCCACCGCACACCGCCACCAGGGGCGCUCCCUCGGCGCCCCGCUUCCCUGACAACGCGCAUCGCCCAACCCGCGUAAAGCGGGGCAAACCCCACCUGCGGGGCCGGACCUCGGCACCCUGGGCUAUCGCAGCUAGGCCGCCGCCCCCUUCCACGCGUCUCCUCGCGGCUGCGUCCAGCGCGGGCACGGCCGUCUCCUUGCUCCACCAGAGCAGUCCCGCGGCCCGCUCGCCACGGCCAGGAGCGGUCUCGGAGCUAACCCCGCACCUCCUUCCAAGUCCGCCGGCGCCGCCGCCCACCCCCGCACGCCGUGGAGGCCGCCCCAACACGCGCGGCCGUUCCCUUGGCAGCCAACCGGCCGCCCGCCGCCACGUGGCGCAGCAAGCCGCCGCGAUAGGCCGCCGCCCCGAGCGGACUCCCACUUCUCCGGCCCCUCUUUUUCGUGCAUUCAAAAUGGCCGCGCCCAGCGCCCGCCCCGCCCCGCGUCGGGCCGCUCUCUCCGCCGCCGUCACCGCCAGCAGCGUGGGGCGUGGCUGUUUUGAGGGUGGCAUCUACAAAUCAUCUUAACCCUACAAAUCAAAGGUAUG